AUGGUCUCCCACUACCACAGACUGAAAUUCUGGGUUCGGUAUGUUGACGAUCCCUUCGUCGUCAUCGGACGGGGCCAGGUGCUAACGUUCAAAGAACGUCUCAACAGCGUCUUCCCCGACAUACAAUUUGCGAUGAAGGAAGAAGAAAAUAACCUGCUGGCCUUCCUAGAUGUCCUCGCCUGUCGCAAAGAGUGUGGGGGCCUAAAGACCAAAGUUUUCAGAAAAGCGACGAGCACGACACAAAUACUAAACAUCAACGGCAACCACCCAAUCAGCCGCAAACGCAGUUGCGUAAGGACGCCAUAUCGGCGUGUUGAGACGCACCGCAGUGAACCGGAAGACCAGAUUGCCGAAUUCCAAUAUAUUCGACGGGUUUUCAGGGAAAAUGGUUAUCCGCACAACUUUGUCAACCGGUUCAUGCGCCAACGAGACGAGCGACAAAAUCUUACCGACCCCAAAUUCUGGCGAGCGAUCACGUACAUCAAGAACGUCUCCGAGGCCGUUAUUUGCCUUCUUGCACCGCUUGACGUUGGAUUUGCACACAGACCGGAGGCCACCAUAAGGCGUCAGGUAAUGGGACCAAAAGACCCACUUCCACGGUAA